AUGUCAAGUGGCCCCUCCAGGUCUGGAAGAAAGCUGCCUCCCUGGCUGAUCGACCAGAUUGACAGCAACAAGUACCCGGGGCUGGUGUGGGAGAACGAGGAGAAGAGCAUCUUCCGCAUCCCGUGGAAGCACGCCGGCAAGCAGGACUACAACCGCGACGAGGACGCGGCGCUCUUCAAGGCUUGGGCUCUAUUUAAAGGAAAGUUCAGAGAGGGCAUCGAUAAGCCAGAUCCUCCCACUUGGAAGACAAGACUGCGCUGCGCUUUAAACAAGAGCAAUGACUUUGAAGAGUUGGUCGAAAGGAGCCAGCUGGAUAUAUCUGAUCCGUAUAAAGUGUACAGAUUGGUACCAGAAGGAGCAAAAAAAGGAGUGAAUAAGCACAGUUUGGAGGAUCCACAGAUGAUUAUGAAUAAUGCCUACACUGUGAAUUCAACCUCAUACCCUCCACUACAGUCUCCGGUGCCAAGCUACAGGGUCCCCCCAGACCUCAACUGGAGAGAGUAUGUACCAGAUCCGUCACACCCUGAGAUUUCCUACCAGUGUACAAGUGCUUCUUUUGCACCUCGCAAUCAUCACUGGCAAGGGCCAGCAUGCCAGAGUGGUUGUCAAGUGACGGGAACCUUUUACACUUGUCCGCCGCCAGAGUCUCAGACUCCUGGGAUCCCAAUGGAGCCAGGCAUAAGGUCUGGCGAGGCUGUGGCCUUCUCAGAUUGUCGGCUGCAUAUCUGUCUAUACUACAAUGAAACUCUGGUUAAAGAAGUCACAACUGCGAGUCCGGAGGGCUGUAGGAUAUCUUAUGGUCAAAGUUAUGAGGUCAGCUGUCUUGAACAAGUUGUGUUCCCUUAUCCGGAAGAUCAUGGCCAAAGGAAAACAACCGAAAAAUUGCUCAGCCAUUUGGAAAGGGGAGUCAUACUCUGGCUGACACCUGACGGGCUCUAUGCAAAAAGACUUUGUCAAAGCCGGAUAUAUUGGGACGGGCCUCUGGCAUUUUGCUGCGACAGGCCAAACAAACUGGAAAGAGAGCAAAGUUGUAAACUUUUUGAUACGCAGCAGUUUUUAUCAGAACUGCAAGUGUUUGUCCACCACGGACGCCCAUUGCCGAGAUUCCAGAUUGUAUUGUGCUUUGGAGAGGAAUUUCCAGAUCCACAAAGGCAGAGAAAACAAAUUACAGCUCGUGUUGAGCCAGUAUUUGCGAGACAGCUGUACUAUUUUGCACAGCAAAACACUGGACAUUUUCUAAGAGGCUAUGAUAUGUCAGAACAAAUUGCCAGUUCUGAGGAUUACCACCGAUCUCUCCAGCACUCCUCUGUUCAAGAAUAAAUGUGUGAAAACUGGUGCCUUUUGAAGGUCGGAAGAACCACUGGCUCGUAAGUGGACAAGAAUCAGUGCUUGGAUUUUCCCUCGGAAACAAACAAAGCAAGCUCAAAAAAUGGACGUGGGCGAGGCUAAACAUGUAAUAGACUUGGGAUUUCCCGCACCAUCUUUUGGAUGGCCGUGCCCCAGAUUCCACUGCUGGGCUUGAGUGCAAGCUGACAAAACGUCCAACAUGUUUACAUGUGGUUAAAAGAAAACAGCGUCUUGUAGACUACUUGAACUCAGACUUCUAGUUAUUUAUUUUAUUAGAAAUCUCAGGGCAGGAAUUUGUAGACUGGAACAACACUUAGAUGAUAUGAGGUUACGGUCAAAAAUAUAAGGCAUUGAUGGACAUGGAAUCAUUUUGAAAUUACAUGUGCUAUUUUUAAGGCUUCUGUAGUCAUCAAAGAAUGUUUGCAGUGCACACUUUUUUAAAAAGGAAGACGAUUGCUGACCUUUUAUUCCUGAUUAUUUUAAUUAUUAUUGUUGCUGUUGCUGCUCUUCAGAAAAUGACCUGGUUACUAAGUUCCACAAAAGAAUGUUGGACCCCUACAUUUCAUUUAGUUUAAGUUAAGCUCAGUAAGCAAUCAAAACCUCUGUCUUAACAACAGCUAAAUUAAGAUACCUUUCAAAACUUU